GUGAAAGCCUGGAAGUAGUUGUGUUCAUGCGAGGUAGAAUUCUACCUCCAUUGUUCAUCACUUGGUUGGUUUGCCAUUAUUUUGCCAUGCAUCCAAUGUGCUAUGGAUCAUGAUUAUUUCUCUUACGUUCAGCUCCCCCAUUUACUUACACAAAACACUGAAAAGUUUCUUAAGUAAACUAUUAUCUCAGAGUUGUUGAUAUCUGUGUAAUAUAUUAUUUUGCACAAAGAAAACAAAUAAAAUAUCGAUGUAGAACUUGUUCACUUCAUAAUUACGUUGGCUUAGCUUCACCUAGAGAGGGCGCCAUCACAAAAUAGAACACAGCCAUUAUUCACGUGUCCAUUGCUCUGUGAAGUUGACACUGACACUAGUGACAGCAGCAGUGUAUUUCCAGUGAAGUUCGAAGUUGAUAGCCAGACUUUUGAUCGGGGAUGUACAUUUCUCCCAUUUGCUUGCAGGUAAUCAAAUAAACGUGGGGAAUUAGGUUUCUGCCAGCUCUUGAGACAGUUAAAAGGUUCCUUAAAGAGAUCGCCUGGAGUCUAAAAGCAUCAGGAUGGCAAGUGGGAGCAGCAAGGAAGUCAAGCAGACCUUGAGGAAUGCCAGAGAUGCGAUCAAAGCUAAAGACUACAAAGAAGCCCUGGAACACUGCGAGUCAGUGCUUAAGUUGGACAAGAAUAACUACAAUGCUCUUGUGUUUGUUGGUGUGGCUGCAGCUGAGUCGGACCAGCCAGACAAGGCACUGGCUGCUUACAGGAAGGCUAUCAAGUUGGACUCGCAACAACUCCUAGCUUGGCAGGGCCUUGCAGGCUUCUGUGAGAAAAGUGAGAACCCCGACCUUAAGACAGAACUGGUUGAUGUUUACAGUCACCUGGGAGAGCUGCUGGUUACAAAAGACAACAAGAAAUGGCUUGAUGUAUCGGAGAAACUUGCCAAACUCCACUGUCAACUUGGCAAGACUCAAGAGGCAAUUCAAGUGCUGAAGGCCAUCAUAAAGUCAGGAGAAACAUCGGACCCAGCAGCUUGUUUGAGAUCCUGGAUACAGAUUACUGAACUCUUGGCUGGAGUCAAGGUGUUAUCAAAGGAUGACGUCUUCCUGUUGGACAAAGCCUACAAAGUUAUUCUUGAAACUGAAGCGUCAGAACCACAGCAUUUCAGUGGCUACAUCAAAUUUUUGAAGAAGCGAGAUGACAUCACCAGCGACAUUGUCCAAUCAGAAUGUCUGAAGAUGCAUGACCGGUUUCCACUCGACCCUUACCCCCUCACAGUCAUCUCAGAGUUAUUCUUGACGCAUCAGCCAGAAACAUUGGAGGAUGAAGCGUUGCAAAUUUACACCAAGCUGCAAGAACUGGAUGGAGCAUCCGGCAUUGCAUCACUCGGUCUUGGACAGGUGUUUCUAGCACGGAAGGAAUACACCACUGCGAGAGACAGUCUUCAAAGAGGUCUUCAGACCUGCAGAGAUAAUGUACAUGGCUGGCUCUACUUAGCUAGAACCCAAUUGUAUACGCAUGACAGUCAAGCAUCAGUGGACUCAACGAAAACAGGUAUCAAGAUAUUGAAAGUAAAAAAGAACCUGGCAUCAUCUCAACUCAAGAGGGCUCUCUUGAUUGUACAAGCCAAAGCACUUUUAGAUGGAGCCUCUGUGGGUGAAGCGGAGGAAGCUUUACAGAUCUACAAAAAGUUACUUUGUGACGAACAGCAGGAUGAUGGCAAUAAGUUGGACAUCCUCUGUGGACUGUGCUCAACAUAUCUUAUUCUGGGAAAUGCUGAGAAGACCAAAGAGUUUUAUGAGAAAGCAAAAGUGGUUAACAGUCAAGAUGACAAGGUGUUGGCUCUCCAUGGAAGGAUCUGUAUUGCUGAAGGUCAAUUCCAACAGGCGGAACAGAGGUUUCUUGACACUUUGAGUCUUGCAUCAGACUGUGGACUUUACCAUUUCUGGCUGGGAAAGGUUUACUGGGAGAUGGGACAGACAACAAGGAGUGACAAGUCAAAGAUACUGGCGUCACUGUUGAAGGCUGCAAAGUUGGAUCCUUACUAUUCAGACACGUUUCUGUUCCUUGGCCACUUCUACUGGAAAGUUGUCGGUGACAAAAGCAAAGGGAGAAAAUGCUACCAGAAAGCGUUUGAGUUGAAGCCGAGUAACGAAGAAGCAGGGAUGUCUUUAGGAGAUGCCUGCGUUGACUUGGGAGAUAAGGAAUCUGCUGUACAGUUAUACAGAAAUGUGACCCAAACUGCCGCUGCUGGAACUGUCAAGUGGGCGUGGCUGAGGCUGGGAUUAUACUAUCAUCAUGAAGGCAGUCCCAAUGAGGCUAUAGACAGCUUCCAGGCAGCACUACGAACUGAUCCUAAAGACAGGCAUUGUUGGGAAUGUCUUGGGGAUGCGUAUAUGAUUAGAGGGAGCUAUACAGCAGCACUCAAAGCAUUUACAAGAGGAGUAGAGCUUGAUCCAUCUGCAACAUACUGUUUGUAUCAGAUAGCGGCUAUAAAGCAAAUGCUUGAAGUAUACUCCGAAGCUGUGGUGGAGUACCAACUCAUCUUAGACAGUGACCCAGACUAUAUCCCCGCAUUAAAAGGUCAGGGGGAGACGUACGUCCGUCUUGCUAAAUCCUCGCUCCAGCAGUACUUCAAUGGAAGAGCAGUGGACUAUGUCAAGCUAGCCAUUCAGGUCUUGGCGAGGGCGUCGUCAUUGAGGCCUGAUCUGAGCUGUGUGUGGAAGCUGUUAGGUGAUGCCUGCACAUUACUACAUCCUCUCAGCGACUCACUCAUCAGUGUGACAGUGCCCAGUAACCUGAUAGUAGACCAGUCACUACGCGGGAAGAAGGCACAGAGUAAGAAGCAAUUGCUUGCCAUUGGAGCACGGUGUUAUGGGAGAGCACUACGCCUUCAGAGUGGUUGUUCCAGUCUAUGGCAUGAUCUAGGUAUGAAUUACUACCAUCAGUCUCGCAAUGAUGAUGCAACGAGCGUCGUUCAGCUUGCUGACAAGGCUCUGCAGUGUCUGAAGAAAGCCAUAGUUGUGGACAGCUCUAACCACAGUCACUGGACAGCUCUGGGUGUUAUUGCAUCAGGCAAAGGUGUGGAUGAUCCUGCACUCGCACAACACGCAUUCAUCAAAUCUAUUCAAGUUGAACCCAAUAAUGUUGUGGCGUGGACCAAUCUUGGAGCACUUUACCUCGUCCAAGGCAACCAAGAACUAGCCCACCAAGCCUUCAAGAUAGCCCAGUCUUUGGAGCCUAGCUAUGUACAAUGUUGGAUUGGGCAGGCUCUUGUUGCUGAGACUAUUGUACGUGAAGAGGCUAUGGACUUAUUCCGCCAUACAACUGAACUGGCCACCCAUAGCGAGGGCGCUGUUGGCUAUGCUCAUUGGGUAUGCGAGACACUACUGGACUCAUCUCUGGAUAUGACAUCACAGCUGUAUCGUUAUAACAUCGUUCAGAUGAACGCUGUCUCCCUGGCAACUGUAGGUCUUGAUAAAGUCACAGAUCGGAUUCAAACUGAUGCUUGUGCACAUACCAUGCAUGGAUUACUUCUGGAGAGGCAAGGUCUGCACAAAAGUGCCUGCAAAGCAUUUGCAAGGGCAUUGGAGCUGGUAAAUAACAACCGUAACCAGGAUGUCAUGAGUAUAGCAUUGGCAAAUUAUGCAAGAAGUCUAUGCUCCGUUGGUCAGUACGAGGAAGCAGUGAAGCAUUUUCAGUCAGUGACACCUCUGAUUAGACUGGAGGACAUCUGCUGCUUAGCACUGUCUCUCUACAAGACGGGCAACCUACAGGCCAGCUUUCAGGCUUAUGAGCAAGCUCUGCAAUUGGCUACUGAUGGUUUAAUUCGGUCUCAACUGUUGACGUGUCUCGGUAUGGUGGCAUUCCAGUGUGGGGACCAGGACCGAACCAAAACGUUACUCUUCCAAAGUUCUCAGGAGUCUGAGCCGUCUCCAGAAGGUCUCUUAGCUCUCUUAGCGCUGGGUGUGCACCUUAGCGACUUCACAUUAGCAGAGGCAGCUGUGACGGAACUCAAGAAGUUCAAGGACAAACAAGGCUUCAUUGCUGAUGUGUCUUUUGCAGGGACUGUGAUUCAUGCUCUUAAGGGCCAAUAUCACCUAGCGUACAGACAGGUUGCAAAGGCAAUAAGAAGACAUCCUGGACUGCCUGAACUCUGGAGACUGAUGGCUGAGAUUAUUCUUCAACUUAUACCAGAGAAAGCUCAGGCAGCCGUUAAAUGCAGUCAUGCAUCCAUACAAGACAAAAAGGCUACAAAGGGUUCAGUUUCAGUGUAUGCCUUGGCUACUCUAGCGAUGGGUCUACACAGCAAGUCUACACCCACCAGUCAGAGGUGUGUGAAUGCCGCUCAGAAAGCUGUCCAUCUCUACCCAGACUCGCUGGAGAACUGGGCUGCACUGAGUGCCAGCUAUCUGUUACAUGGAAUAUGGAACUCAGCGCAGACACAUUCUGAGCACGUGGAAAACAACAUGGCGUCCAAGCUGGCUACAUUUGUGCAUUCUUGGGGUAAGGAGAGUGAAAAUGCUGCAAUUCAGAAAUGGUCAGCAUUACAGAUUGUUGUUAGUCUACUACAUGAAGGCAAGAUAGAGAGAGCAGAUGCACUCACCAGAAAGUUGGAGGUUGUGUAUCAGUCAGAUGCCAUCAUGAAGUCAACGUUACAGCUUCUACAAGCAGAGGCAGUCUGCAUGCAGCAUGACUCACAUCAAAGUAUUGAGUUCCUGAGGAGAGUCAUAACGAUGACCUCUCAUCAGUCAUCUGCAGCGUGGCAGUUAUUAGCCAAGCUGUAUGAGAAAGAAGGCAUGGUGGCUGCAGCAGAGUCAGCCUACAAACAAAGUGUAGUACACUCACAGCCUGGGCAGCAGGUGGUUCCGUUUCUCAGAUUGGCUCAUCUGGCUUUAAGAGCAGCUACGGUAAGCAGUGAUGAGCGAUGGUUACUUCUUGGACUGGAAGCAACUACUGAAGUCUUGAAGAUUAUACCACACUGUGCUAUAGCUCUGCUACUACAGGGACUUCUACAACAUCAUAAAGGCAAUACAAGGCCUUCCAAGAGAUGUUUUCAGCAAGUUCUUGCCAUCUCCUCGGAUGAUAAGAUGAAUCUCGCUAGAUCUGUGGCCAGAUUUCACAUGAUUCAGAUCUUAUUGGACAAGAAAGAUCUCAGUUCAGCUCAGGUUCUGGUUGACGAAGCUGCUCAAGAAAAUGAUCUCAACCUUCACCAGCUUCAAGAUCUCAUGUCUACUGCUCAGUAAUAACAAAUAUACAGUUCUUAUAUAGCUCUUUAUCUGUGUCCGACAGGAAUCUUAAAGAGCUUGGUGGGGUGGUUGGGUUGGCAUAACGGUUUUUUCCUCAAAAUGUUCUCACACAAUUGAUUUAAAAUAAUGACAAAGGGGUUGCUUUUUGAAAGCAAGAAAUUGGGUUGCUGUUUUCGGACAUUCACUACCAUUUUUAUUUCCACAAAGUGAUUAUUUAAAAGUACAAAAUAAGAAACAUACUAUGAAGUUACUGAAUGGUCAGUUGGAAGUUGUUUAUGAAAGAAAGAAAGAAAUUCCCAACAAGAACUUUGCGGUUUUCAAUGGGGGCGGGGGGGAGACAGGAUAUUUCUCAACAAUACUUUUGGAGUUAAAGUAGAGACAAUGGCCACAACCUUUGCUCUGUUGGUCAUUUUGAAAACGUACACUUUUGGCAAGUCUAAGUCGUGGCAAGUCUAACUACGUGACGUAAAUGUGAAAAUGUGGUAUUAAACUUCAACAAUGACGGCUAUUAUGCAUAUAAACUUUCUAUAACUUGAUAUUAUCAUAUUUUCAUUUUGUGAAGUAAAGAACACAAAAUCUGAUUUAAAUUUCCAUUCCUAUAGUAAGCACUGUACAUUGACAGCUUAAGAACCUUAGACAUGUUAGAGCCAGCAUAACUCCAUGUUUGUGUCAAACUAAAUCUUCCUC